AUGCUGUCUAAGUUGCACUCCCUGCAGGACCCGUCUUGCCUUCUGGAACUACUUGGUUUUGUCUCAGAUUGGUUUGGGUCCCUUUAUGAGGAUGGCUACGUGCAUGCAGGCAAAACGUGGAAGUUCUUGGUGCAAGGCUUGAAAGGCGACCUAGUCUUUCAGGCCAAGGCAUGCUCCCUGGUUCGAAACUUUGCCCGGGUGCAAAAACAAGUGCAAAAGGCUACGUCAAAGCCCCUGCUAGGGCUGUGCUGUUGGUGCAUGGCUGGAACCUCCACUUGUGGUUUCGAGGAUUUCAGCAGGAAUCCAGCUUGGUUAACCACAGCUGCUGAAAAUAACCCGGCGCCGUGGCCCGUGCCUCCCACGAUUCUGCGGUCCAUCCCGCACAUGCCCGAUGCGCCAAGCUUCCUGAAGGUUGAUUUGUUUCACACGCUGAACCUUGGAGCGUACAAAGAGUUUGCUGCAUCAUCCUUGGUUUUGCUCCUUCCAUAUUUCGAAGGAACGAAUAAUGACGACCGCAUCCUAUCUUUGAAUGCUCACCUUCAAGUCUAUUUGAAGGAGACACGGCAGCGCUUGCAUUGCGGAAAACUGACCCUGGAGAAUAUCGGAGCCAAAACCAAAACGAUAUUUGCAACUGGAUCUUGGAACAAAGGGGAGGACAGUGUGGUGCUCAUGAAAUUCCUUCCUUGGGCUAUGGAUAUUAUGGACACUGUAAAUGCAAUGGAAAAGCCCUGGCGCUACAUCGAUGUGGGGGCCCGAGCAGCGGGACAAUGCAUGAGGACUCUCUAUUCGGCUGAAGCUUUUAUGCCGAAAAAGGAUGCGCAACUGGCGGCAGACUCCGGCUUCACCUUCCUUCAGGCUUACUCUAAGCUAGUUGAGUGGUCGAUGCAGCACAAUCUGUUGCUGUACAACCUGAUUCCGAAGCUGCACUUCUUUCACCAUUGCCUGGUCGACCUGAUGAAUGCUUGUGCUCAGGAAAACCUUUCCUGUGUGCUGAACCCAAUCGUGAAUUCCACGCCCCAGUGCGAGGAUAUGGCGCUUGCGCUGCUCCUGGGAAUGGAGCGGAGUCGCGUGCAGGCAGAUGUCAUUGCCUACAAUGCCGCCAUCAGCAGCUGCGAGAAAGCCGCCGUUUGGGAGGUUGCUUUGGUGCUGCUUCCCUGGCUUCGAGCUCGCGAGCUGCAGCCAGACACGAUCUCUUUCAACGCAGCCAUCAGCGCCUGCCAGAAGCGGCGCGAAUGGCUGUGGGCAUUGGAGCUGAUUCGCGAAGCCGAAGAUCAGCACGUCCGGCUCAGUUCGGUGUCCUUCAAUGCCGCCAUCAGCGCUUGCGACUCUGCGACGGCGUGGCAGAGGGCCCCCAAUCUCCUUCAAGCAUUUCGCAUGACGGAGAUGCGGCAGGACAUCGUUUCCUACAACGCGGCCAUUUCGGCAUGCGAGAACGGGUCGCAGUGGCGGCUUGCUCUCCAGUUACUGCAUGAAGCGACUUGCAUGCGGAUGGAACCAGACUCCAUCACCUACCUUGCCGUCAUCAGUACUUCCGAGAAGGUGGCUCAAUGGACCGUGGUGCUGUGGCUCCUCGCAAGCGCUUACUGCGCCAGAGUGGUCCUAGACUCCUCACUGUACAACGCUGCAGCUGCUGCCUGCAGCCGCGCCAGCGAGUGGGCUCCCGAUGCUCCGCAAGAGGAGCCGAAGGUUGCGGACCCACGGGCAGUGGAGGACGACUCCACACCAAACGUCUCCUUCGAUGCCUCCCUGAUUGGAGCCAUCGUUCUGCUUCUGCCGCUGGCAGCUGUCCUCGCCGGGCGCUUCGAGUAG